AUGUCCCCAACGUGUCCCCGCUGUCCCCAGGCGGUGGUGGAGCGCUGGCUGUGGCAGCAGCGGGGGCUGCGGCGGCAGGAGCUGAGCAGGGCCCAGUUCCUGGACGAGGUCUGGGCCUGGAAGGAGCGCCACGGCGCCGCCAUCCUGCAGCAGCUUCGGGCGCUGGGGGCGUCGCUGGACUGGAGCCGCUGCGCCUUCACCAUGGACCCCGGCUUCUCUCGGGCGGUGACCGAGGCGUUCGUGCGGCUCCACGGGGCCGGGCUGGUUCGGCGCCGCCGCCGCUUGGUCAACUGGUCGUGCGCCCUGCGCUCCGCCGUGGCCGACGUGGAGGUGGAGCCCCGGGCGCUGGGCGGCCCCACGGCGCUCGUUGUCCCCGGCUGUCCCCGCCCUGUCACCUUCGGCGUCCUCGUCGCCUUCGCCUACCCCGUGGAGGGGGAUGACGGCCUGGAGCUGCCGGUGGCCACCACGCGCCCCGAGACCAUGCUGGGGGACGUGGCCGUGGCCGUGCACCCCCAGGACCCCCGCUACCAGCACCUCCAUGGCCGCCACGUCCGGCACCCCUUCACCGGGCGGCUGCUGCCCGUGGUCACCGACCCCAGCGUGGAGCCCGACCGGGGCACCGGUACUGGGACGGGACUGGGACCAGUAUGGGGGGGAGCUGGGACCAGUAUGGGGGGGGCUGGGACCAGUAUGGGGUCAGGGGAGGAACUGGGACCA